GCAUGCGCAUUCGCCUACGCGCGCUCGUUCGCUCCACUCGCUCACACCCGGUCAGUGUCGGUUGGUUAACCUCUAUGUCAACAUGUGUGUCCCCCAUCGCUGGAAAAUACGGUUUCUUCAAUAGUAACUUCCAAGAUAAGCAGGAUGUGGUGGUUGUUGCUGCUGACUACAGUGACAGCUGUGGAGGACUGGCGCUGCCCCGAGAUCAGUAACGUCUCCUGCUCUUGUGAUCUCCCUCACACUCUGCGCUGUACAGGAGGACGAGACGCGCUGCUUACCAUUGCCUCUGCUCUACAAGCCCUCUCACCCUCAGCAGCGGUUUCUUUGCUCGAUUGUUCUCUCCAGAACGUCUCCUUUCUUCCUGCGUCACUGCUCCAGAAUGUCAGCUUGCAUGGGCUUGUGAUCUCAUCAGGGGAGUUGAGACAAGUGUCACGGGAGGCCUUCACCGGACUGUCAACUCCACUGCAGGCUCUAGGACUGCCCAAUAACCUGCUGGACAGUGUACCUACGGAGGCGUUGCACAGUUUACACCACCUGGAGCGGUUGGACCUCUCACAUAAUCGUCUGCAGAGGAUACACAACACUUCCUUCGAGAAUUUGACUGGGCUGAUGUUUUUGGACCUGAGCGAUAACAUGAUCAACUGGAUCUCACCCGAUGCAUUCAUGCCAGUCCCGCUGCUCCAGACAUUACGGCUGCAGGGAAAUCGGCUUGGUGUGUCAAUGGUAGCUAGCCUACAGGGAUUACGACGUCUGCGAGAACUGGAUCUUAGUGGCAACUCCUUGGCCGGUCCACUAGGCCCCAGCACUCUUCCGCGGUUGCCUAGUCUGGCUGUACUCUCUCUUGCCCACAACCAGCUGAGCAGUGUGACCCGUGGUGCUCUGGCAGGUCUGGAUACUCUCAGCUCCCUCUCCCUCCAUCACAAUCAGAUAGAUGUGCUAGAGGACCAUGCCUUCAGAGCAAUCGCUACCCUCAAUGAGCUCAAUUUGGCCCACAAUCGGAUUGUAGCAGUGUCUGGUGCAUCACUUGCUCAUCUAACGGGUUUGAAAAAACUCGACAUUGCCCACAAUUUCUUAAGGGCCAUCACAUCUGACCUAAUACAACCUCUUCGCAACCUUUCUGAGCUGAGGUUGGACGACAACGACAUCUCCAUGGUUGCCAGUGAUGCAUUUUCAACCACCAUCACUCUCAAGAGAUUUACUCUCUCAGAGAAUCCACUCAAUUGUGACUGCAACCUGUCUCAGUUUGCAUCUUGGCUGCGAAAUGCCAGCACAUUGCCCUCUGCUGACAAGGCAACAUCAGUAUGUGCAACUCCCCCCUCUCUAGAGAAUGGCCUAGUCAAGGAGUUGUCACCCAGCGAGUUGGUCUGUGGAGGGCAAGAAGAGGCACCUAUUCCCUCUGAAGAUCCUCUCGCCACUCCAAUGCCAGUCUCUGGAACCAGAGUGGUUCUCAGAGGAUUUCAGUUUGACGGUUCCAAAGUAUCCCUGUUAUGGAGUGUUGAGGCCAGUGCCCUCACAUAUUCUUGUGAUGCUCUCUUUGUCUAUGAAGAACUGGGAGUACAUGAAGUCUUAUUAGAGUCAAAUCCAUUGAAGUGUGAUUCUUCUCAACUUGUAGACCCAAAAACGCUAGCUCUUGCUCUGUCUGCAUCUGACCUACAAUUAGGCCAUCGCUAUCGGUACUGUGUAGUCCUCCUGGAGGGUGGUGGGAAUGAUGAGUCUGCUCUAGUCCUCGGCUGCAGUGAGAUCAUCCCUCUACUUCCGACGGUGAAGAGCAACUCGCUGCCUGGAUCAAAGACUGGUUCCUACAUCACCUCAUUAGAUGCGAACCUGACUGACCUGGGCACAAUGACAGUGUCUGCGGAGAUAUGGAAGGAUCAAGCUGACCCUCACUGCCUGCUGACCGUUACAGUGUUUGUGACAGGGACAUUGGUCGCCCAGAGACAUUUGAACUGUUCACUCCCCUGGACCUUAAUUCAUGGACUGCCUCAGGGACCCUAUCAAGUGUGUGCCACUCUUGGAGAUUUCCCCCCGACGGAAUCCAAGACCAAAUGUCUCACUGUGACUCAACCUCUUGGUGCUCAUGCCAAUACCACCCUCAACCUUGUCCUUAUCAUACUCUUGUUCCUGUUAAGUACUGUCCUUAUCUUAGCAGUUUACCAUGCUAUCAGAAAAAUCCUUAAGAGGCCCAAAAAUCACCAGUGUUUUCUACCAGUUGCACAGACGGAGGACCAACACGCGAGAUGGCCCGAGAACCUGUCGUAAAUUGUCCAAGGUGUCCAUAAAAUCUGACAAGAAGUCUUCAUCGACCAUUGGGUGUGUUCCGUAUCAUCGUUCAGUCCCUAAAAAUGUUAUUUAUUGGUUUUGAUUUUCAAGGCAAAUCCAAAUAAAAUGUUUGUUUUAAGUAUUACAAAUUCACCAACAAUUUACUUUUUGUGAGUAGCUUACAAAAAAAGUUAAAUUAUUUAUUUAACAUUUUCUCUGGAUCUGUUUUGAACUAUUAAAUUAAUUUAAAAGUAGACUGCAUUCUUCCCUUGGGUAAGAAUUUGUAUAUAAUGUUGCAUAGUGAAAUGCAAUAGCGAUACUGUGUAAUAAUCAUCGUGUAACACCAAUUGCUGUGAUCUAACAUAAUUUUAUUGUACAAUACAAUGUAUAAGAUGUGUACAUAGAAAAUUGCUUUAUUUGUUGCCACAAAAGUGUGUGAUCUUAAUUUUAUAAAUUUGAUUAAGGUGUGUAUUCAUAUCAUACAAAUAAAACUUUUUAACUGGAUAAAUUUAAAAAAUGUAAAAUUAUAAGCAUAAAUUGUACAACUAAUCGUCUGUUAAAAACUGUUUACAAAUGUUUAAAACAACGCAUAGGAUGAUGUUUUACCGUAAUUAUACAAUUUUGUUGUGUUUUGGUCAUGAAAAUAUAAGUUUAUAAUACCUUCAUGUUGCGACAAAAUUAGCAUACAGAUAAAAUAAUGAUAUAUCAAAUUCAGUAUAUUCAAAAUAUAAUAUCAAUACAACAUUAAUUGUGUUAUAUCCAGGAGCUUAAAAAGUCAGUGAACAUGCGAAAAUAAAAUGUAAAAAUUUAAUUUUUAAAUAGCCAAUUGUAAAAGAUCUUGUUAAAUAAAUAAUAAAAUUUCGAAUGUAAUUAAUAAGACUGUAAUUAACAAUGUGUUUACUUAAGCUAUUAAAGUUACCCUGGCUGCUAUUUAAAAUAAACUAUUAUAAGUAUUGUUUUAAUCCUAGUUAUUACUAGAAUUAAGAAAUGUAUUUGACACACACAUAUAAUUUUUAGAGUGAUCAUUUUGAUAUAUUUAAUCAAAUAUUUCAUUAACAAACUUUCUUGCCGUUAUUUUAAGAAGUAAAAUUAUAGUACCCUACGAGACUAAGUAAAAAGUAUGUUUUGGAAAGACUACCAAAUUUGUUUAUAUAUAUUUUAUGAUUGUAGCUCAAAGACUACAAACGUAGAAACUGUUGUUCUUAACUAACGAUUUGUUUAAUAUCUAGCAGUCUUCUGUUUUAAAAUAAAGUUACCAAAUUAGCUUAGCUUGAAAACUAAUGUUAAUUUUAUGCCCCAAGGAUUGUCAAUAAUAAGUGUAACUAAAACAGUGUUUUGCUAAAAACUACAUAGGUUUCCAUAAUUUUCUACAGAAUAAAAUGUUUAAUGUUUUUGACCAGGAGUGUAUCUGAGUCGUCAGAAAUCUAUGUUUAUAAUGUUAUAUAUGCUUAGAUUAAAAUGUAAUUAAUGUACAUAACUUUAACAAAUAAUGUAUGAAUAAAAUAUGAAAUGUGUAAAUAUAUAGAUUUGUUAAAACA